AACAUGUAAGUCAUGCCCAAUGAGAUGAAAACUAGAUUCAAACUAUAUUUUGGUGAAUGAACUAGGUACCAACGAAUCAAACUUACGUUUCACUUCCGGGUUGCGUUGUUAGCCUGUCAAAGGCAAAAGGUGAAUGUGUGGAUGUAGUGCAUGUUGAGAGUCACAAUGCCGCUGGAGGUCAAGUGGCCAUUCCCAAAAUGCCCAACGUUGGCAUGGAGGCUGUCCGGCUCGCUCGUUAUGGGCAUGGUGGGCUCCUACUCCUACCUAUGGACCAAGCACAUGAACUCCCUGACGGUGCAUAACCGUGACGUACUGUUGGAGCUCAUUGACCAGCGGCCUGCUGACACGCCCCUCAUUACAUUGUCUAAUCACCAGUCUUGUAUGGACGACCCACACAUCUGGGGUGUCCUGAAGUUUAGACACUUGUGGAACUUCAACAAGAUGCGAUGGACUCCAGCAGCAUCUGACAUCUGUUUCACGAGAGAGUUGCACUCUCGUUUCUUCAGCCGAGGGAAAUGUGUGCCGGUCUGUAGAGGUGAUGGGGUGUACCAGAAAGGCAUGGAUUUUAUUCUGGAAAAGUUGAACAGAGGGGAAUGGGUACACAUCUUUCCUGAAGGUAAAAUAAACACGAGUGAAGAAUUUAUCAGAUUAAAAUGGGGUGUGGGACGCCUAAUUGCAGAGUGCACUCUAAAUCCUAUCAUCCUUCCUCUGUGGCAUGUGGGUUUGAGUGACGUCCUCCCCAAUGUGAGCCCCUACAUUCCUCGGAUUGGCAAGAGAAUCACCAUCCUCGUGGGGAAACCCUUCAGCGUCAAAGACCUUGUGGAAAAUCUCCGAGCAGACAAAAAGAGCCAGUUGCAGAUGAGGAAGACGCUGACGGACGUCAUCCAGGUGGACUUCCAGAGACUUAAAUUUCAAGCUGAGGUGCUCCACAAAUCUUGAGCUGGGUGCACCUUCACAUGAAGACGAGGCUCAGAGCCACAACAUGACUGCAUUUGAAAGUGGAAUUCAUUUUUAUCAAAGGAACUCAGAACAGUUUUCCAUUCAUAUGUAUUGAAUUAUGUUGGAUGGGACUGAACAUAAGCCAAAAUCAUCUGUGUUUAGACACAAGAGCAUGAUUUUU